UAUAGAGGUGUUGUUUGACCAAGAUCACUCAGACUCAAGAUAUGAUUGACAAAUGUAUAAUAAAUUGUCCGUAAAGCGGUACUUUAUUUGUCAUCAAAUAUUUUGAAGACUUGCGUAAUAAAUUUUAUAAAAAGCGUUACUGUAUAAUGUCUGAUGUUUAUUCAGGCGUAUGGAAGGUUUAAUGAAAUACGACAGAAAGGUAGAAUUUUACUGAUCGAAGAGAGAGACACAUAAAAACCGCAUAAAAACCUCACGAUUAAAUGGAUGUUACGAAUAUCGUACAAAAUGCAAGUGAUCUGUCUUGUCUGAGGUAAAUACAACUCUUCUAUUGAAAACAAGAACAGAAGGGAUCGGAGCUUAGUGAAACCUGAUUCUGUCUGAGGAGAUGGAAAAGGAUUCCUGCCCAGAAGACAGGAUAACCCAUGCCUUAUCACAACUAAAAUCCGACUUGGAGGAUAUCCGAAGUCAGGAUGUUAAACUCAUGAAACAACUGUUGGCCAUCAAUAGCGUCAUAACCUCCAUUACCAACCCAAGAACCAGAAACCCCAUUUCAAGGAGCGCCACCUUCAGUUGUUCUGGAAAAAAACGCCCAACCGUCAAAUACACGAAGAAAAGAGCGUGCGAUGACGUCAUGUGUAAUCUCAAAAACCCAUUGGUCAGAUACGGCAGUGAACCUUUGGUGAUAGAUGACGAUAUAGACAAAACUGGUUCCCAAGAAUCGGUGUCAGAUUUGAAUGCCGAGUCCGCCCCAGCUUUUCCGCUAUCGCUAUCCUUCUCCGGAAGAGGAAGUUCUAUCACACUCAUGGGUUCUCUAACCGAGGAGGAAGAAAUGGACGAUGCAAAGUAUCACCAGAUUCUUAUGAAGAAUAUAAAACUUUGGAAAAAGUCAAAGAGUCCAAGAAACUAUAACUAGUUUCAUCAUGUGUCAUGUAUUUCAUAAUGUGAUUUUUGUCGACAAAACGUAUACAUUUGUUAUAAUUUAUAUAAAUGUACAUGUGCAACCAGAUCUACAUCAUUUUUAUUAUUUUAAAACUGUAAUUAAGAUACAUAUAUAUAUAUAUAUAUAUAUGAUUAUAAACAAUUAUGUAUAUUUUAAAGAUAUUUAAACAAUAUAUGUACUAAUGUAUAUUACUACAUUGAGAAGAUAGUGUGUACAUGG